AUGAGAGUGGAUUCACCAGACUUCAUUGCAAAAGCAAACCCCUGUAUCUCCUUUGUAGAGCGAUCAACAAUACCUGUGAUUCGAGUGGUAUCCUCUCUUGACACAAAGGACAAAAUCGAAACGUCUCAAACAAAACAAUUGGAUUACGACUUCGUGGAUUCGCAUUUCACUGACCUAACUUACGGCUACUGCCCGACGAUAGCAGCUGAUAUAGAAUUAGCAUCGAUGAAUGAUACACCUCUUAAUUCGGAUUCUGAUUUUGAAAGUUAUUUAUACUCGCUCGAACCAAUGGAAAUGUUGCCAGAACUCGAUAGAGAUACGCUUUCUGAUGCUCUCAUUAAAUUAGAGAAGUUUACUACUCUGCAGUCUGCUACCGAAGUCGAGGCGAUGGAAUGUGACAGGCCUGACAUGGAAGAAGACAAUCUUUCGCCUUUGGGCAGCCCUCAACUUCAUAACAUUUUCUCGUCAAAAUCCCUUGAAGAUCUUGCCAAUGGACCUGAGUGGGAAGAGAUUUUCUCACAACAGAACACUCUGAUUGAGCAGCUUGUGGAAAUUGUCGAUAAUAAAUCGGGACGGCAUGAUUAUGAAAAGGAAAAGGCGAGAAACUCAAAAGCCUCAACCGCCGAUAUCGUAUCGCUAACCAAAGAUUGUGAACUCCAGUCCUCCACGACUCAGUGCAACUUCGCCGAGGACAGGGAGAAGGAUCGACGGCAACGCAAUAACGUAGCAUCUCGAAAGUCGAGGGCCAUGAAGAAGGAGCGCUUUGCUGCCAUGCAAAGCGAGAUCGACCAGCUUCGUGUUGCUAAUCGCAAAUUAAAGGAGUUCGUGGACGAAUUGGACUCGGCCAUUGAUGAGGCCAAGGCUAUUGUCCUUCCAUCAAAUAGCCCAUCUAGGUAG